AAACGAGUGAGCUGAUUGGACCAGCUGAAGAGCCAGUGUAAUCCACAGAGAUGAGACGACAGAUGUGAUUGGCAAUGGGCGUGCGUUCUGUUGCUGAGAGACGGCCUGCUGCGUCAUGUUUCAAUCGAUAGACAGUCUAGCCUAUGGGUGGACACGUUGGCAGUUUGGUUCCACCCCGGGGGCGGGCUUCAGAGGCCUUACGUCGGAGCUGCGGAAGUUCUCGUCUUCAGAGCAGCUAACAUGAGUGACAGUAAAAAGGGCAGCAUUUUAAUCGUGGGAAGUGGAAUCGUUGGACGGAGCUGGGCCAUGUUGUUUGCAAGCGCAGGUUACAGAGUCGUUCUUUAUGACACUGUUCAGCAACAGGUCACCUCCGCAAUUGAAAAUAUAAGGCAGCAGCUGACUGAACUUGAGAGAACUGGCAGGCUGAGAGGAACCUUCAAACCUGAGGAACAAAUGAUGCUGAUCACUGCCAGUAAUGACCUUGCACAAGCAGUAGAGGGUGCCAUUCACAUCCAGGAAUGUAUUCCUGAGAAUUUGGAACUGAAGAAGGAGGUUUUCCAAGACCUAGAUAAGCUUAUGAAUGACAACGUGAUUCUCGGCAGUUCUACCUCUUGUCUUUUGCCUUCAAAAUUGUUCUCUGGUCUUAAGCAUGUGAAGCAAUGCAUUGUGGCCCAUCCUGUGAAUCCGAUGUACUAUGUUCCGCUGGUUGAACUGGUUCCUCAUCCUGAAACACAUUCUGCUGUAAUGGAACAAACGUAUGCACUUAUGAAAGAUAUUGGCCAGUCACCAGUCAAACUGAGCAAAGAGAUUGACGGAUUUGUCUUGAACCGAAUUCAGUAUGCGAUCAUUGGAGAAUCAUGGAGACUGGUUCAUGAUGGUGUACUCGCACCAGACGAUGUGGACCUCGUAAUGUCGGCAGGUUUGGGAAUGCGUUAUGCAUUUAUGGGUCCUUUUGAAACUAUUCACCUCAAUGCAGAAGGUCUCAAGAGUUAUUGUGAACGCUAUGCUGUGGGUAUGAAAAGAGUCUUAUCGUCUUUUGGACCUGUUCCCGAGUUUUCUGGUGAAGUCUUGGAGAAAAUUAACGAGGCGGUGUCUCAGAAAAUUCCACCUGAUCCAGAAAAUCUCAAUGCACGAAGACAAUGGAGAGACUCACGUUUAGCUGCAGUUGCCCAGUUGAAUAAGAACAUGAAGUAGGAUUGCAAGUAAAACAAGUACCUAGAGAUUCUAUCACAAUUCGUAUCUCAUAUGAGAGCCCUUAAAAUAUACUGCAACAUAAAACGUGCACUUGUAUUAAUUUUAAAAUGUUGUUAAUUUUGACUUGUCUCUUCAUUUAUUAUCAUUAUGAACUGCAUCAGCUGUGUAUAGUAUCUGCAAUAAGGUUUGGCCUUCCCUUUUAAAAGAUAUCUUGGCUUUAAAAGCUAUAUAUCGCAAUAUACAUUUGUCUGUAUUCAGAUUAUAAAUUGUUUUAACCUUUUAGAAUUGGAUUUAUUAAUCACUAUAAAAUUGUGCACACCUUGCACAUUAAAAUACACUACUAAGACAAAAUCUAUUGCGUUUUUUUGCUAAGUACGUGAAUUUCUUCUGCAAAAUGAAACUGGCACUGUCUACAUUAUACAAAAUAAAAACAUGCACUAACAUGAAGUA